AUGGCGUCCAUCAAGGACUUGCUGAAUCCAAUGCCCGAAGCAAAACCCCCUCCCCGUGGGUUUAUUGAUGCCCCCUAUGUCCUUCUCACCGAAUACGAAAUGGACAAGCUCCGUCGACGCCGGCAGGCUCGGUUGGACUUACUGAAACCAUCCUCAGAGGGUCAGCCUUCUCAGGACUGCAAACAACGCUUACCAGCGGUGCCAAAAACGGGACAUGAGGCCAAGUCUAAGACUAAUACGCCCAAGGAUGGUGCUAUCUUUAAGCCUGGAAAGCCCCAGGGUGAAGUUCGCUAUCCGCCUUGCGAAGAACGUGAUGAGGAACUCCUUCGAAUUCACCGGGAAUUCAAGCUUCACCCACUAGGCAAUAUUGCCGACUAUCCCCGUCAUAUUCCCUACAACAGCCAAAAGAAAGACUUCUACGAGAAGACCGGACGUGACAGUUUCAAUGCAUUUCAUUAUCUAUUUACCAUCCCCGGCGACGAUGUUGAGUGGAUGGUGAUGUGGGACUACAACAUUGGACUGGUCCGCAUAACUCACCUGUUCAGGUGCAAUGGCUACACAAAGACUGCCCCUGGCAAAGUUAUGCAGAGCAUUGACGGCCUGCGCGACAUAUGCCACAGUAUUACUGGAGGCGCUCUCGCUGCUCAAGGAUACUGGAUGCCAUACGAAGCUGCCAAAGCCGUAGCAGCCACUUUCUGCUGGGAGAUCCGCCACGCCUUGACACCACUCUUCGGAACUGAUUUCCCAUCCAUCUGCGUCCCAACUGUCAAUGGCAAAGCGCGCGACUUCCCCAACAUCAAACUCGACAAGUCCAUCAUCCAGCGUGCCACUCAGACUGCUAUGGCCUAUCGUAGUCUCGAGCCAGAUCGGGGAUCGUCAAACACUAUCACUCGCAACUCAGCCCCGGCCCCAGCUCCAGGCAACGAUGACUCUUUUGCUGAUCGUAUCCCAUACCGACAGAUCCACCCCAAGGUGCCUCGCCGCAGCUACGCUGAUAGUGUCAGUAGUGCGCGGGACUCCUCCCCGGAGCCUGCAUUCUGUCACUCGCCCCAUAGCGCAGUCAUCAACAGCUUCACGCCUGUGAACCUGCCGCGUACAACCGAGAAUAUCGCCCGCUCCAGCGUUCCCUCUCUAGAAAGAUCGAUCAGCCCUGGAGGCCAGCGUAUGAUGCCUAUGAAAACAGGUCCAGGUACGCUCGCGGAUAUCGGGUCGGGCCUCAAUAAGCUGGCUCGUAAGUGGCAUCGCGCCGAGCCAACGGGAGAUACCACCAUAGACGCGCUGAGCGGCGAUGAGGCUUCGAGUAUGACCUCCUCAAUUAGCAGCGACGAUUUCGACAGCUAUGAAGAUGAGGAAUACCAGGAUUCGAGCUCGAGGCGAGUGGCUUGGCAUGGAAAGGGCAAGGGGAAAGAAGUUCCUGGCCGAUCUGCUAAGGUCAAGUGCCGUGGUCCCAAUGACUUGGGCUUUCCACACGAAGUUACGGCGGCCCAUGCUUUACUUCGUCUGCAUAUGGAGAAGCUGGCCAGGCCUGACAGUGAUGACGAAGGCGAGACUAGGAAUCAGCCUGUUUGGGGUCCCCCCUUGGGACGCUCAAAGGCAAGAAAUGAGAAGAAGCGCCGGGUCUCUGUGUGA